UUUAUUUGCAUUACUGAGAGUAGUGACGGUGAAAGCGAAAGUCGGGGGCAGAAGUGAGACAGCAGCUGGACGUGUUGCAGUGAACAUGAACCUUCCCGGCCGCGGUGAAGCCUACCUGGCGAACAUGUUUUAAGUCUCCUCAGAGCUGUCAGAUGGAUCUGUGUUCCCCAUUAAUCUCUGUCUGCGCUAUCAUGAUCAGUCUGCUUGGAGCUGCGCUUCUGUCCAAUGGCGACCAAAACAAUUGUCAGUGUCCAGAAAUCCCUCUCAUAGAUCUAACAGAGCCACCAGGGACCUGCUUCUCAGUAAACAGCCCUUUUCGCUACAAAUGUAUAGAAGGAUACACAAGGGAGGCGGGAACAUCAAAUCUCAUCAGAUGCAAGCAAAGUGACAGUGGUUCUCUACAGUGGCUCCCGUCCCCACCCACCCUCAAGUGUAUACGUGAUCCAAAGAGGACCACAACACAACGACCAACCAUCAUAAUAACAGAGGGUUAUACUGAUAUUCCCCUUGACUCCACCAGUACCACCACAGUCACAGCAGGGUCCACCAGCCAACGGACGACCCAGAGUGUAAGCCCCUCAGCUUCAGCGACUACAGAGACAGACAGCACAGAACCAACCUCACCUGGUCUGUGGACCCCGUCAGAUCACUCACUAGCAGGGAAGGUACAUGGUAGGACAGAGACCCAAACAACGCAGCAGACAUCAUCAGCCUCAACCACCACUGAGCCUUUGAACAGUGAAAGCAAUCUUCAGAUAGCCCGCAAGCUUGGCAGCACAACAACAGCGUUGAUCAGCUGUGCGUCAUUGGUAAUCGUCUGUGCUUUGAUCGGAAUCGGCUUCUUUUGUUACAGGAGGAGGUUAAAAAACGACAUCCCACCGCAGACAGCAGAAGAACGGAUACCCAUGAAUUGCGCUCCACCAGAGCAGGUGUCGUAGAGUUUGGUGACCUGCUGCUGACACACAGAGCAGCGACAGAGCCGUACCAGAGCUCGUGAGAUCAUCCCCAAGCACUGAAGAAAGUGACAAUCUGUUUGAUGUUCUAUGGGCAUUACCAGAAAGAAUAAUAGCUGGCUUGAUAUGGCAUUUGUUGUUUGCAUAUUCCCACAAGGAUGAACUCAUAACCCUUUACUAAGCUAAUCUCAACCAAAUGCGUGAAAUGCACAUAAGGAACUUUGAUUUUGAAGGGCCAUCGGUAGCGUAGUGGAAGGGGCGGCACCCCAUGUACAGAGACGAUGCCUCACUGCAGCGGUUGCAGGUUCGACUCUGGCUUGCGACCAUUUCAUUCUGUCCUGUACAUUAAAGGCAAAUUUUCAUUUUGAAGUCCCUGUGAUCGUCUGGUGCUACAACAGGCAGUGCUUUUUUUCUGCCCUUGUAGGAUAUGUUUUUUUAUGUUUUUAUUGUCAUCAAAUCCUAUGAAAAUACCAAAAACCAACAAUGAAAUAAUCCUUCCAUUAACCGGCGAUUUCCAACAGUUUGUAUACAGUAGUCUAUUCUUCUUUGCAAGAGAAAUUGGGAAAUAAAAUGUGGAACACACCACCUGUUAUAGUUCAAACAGGAUUAUGUGAUCAUACCUCUGCAAACUCU